AUGGAUGAUGUUUUGAAACCUUACCUUAUAGUGAUCACCAUCGGCAUAAUCAUCAUCAUCCUUAUCAUAUGGUGUGAUAGUCCUAUUCCCACGGAAUUACCUCCAGAGACUAUCAACCAAACACCACAGCCUCAAGAAGACAUUGAAACCGGACAGAGGAAAGUCUCUAUCUUCAAAGAUAUCAAAGGAGAAGAAGAAGAAGGGUGCGGUAAACGUUGUUGUCCAAUUUGUUUGGAAGAGUACGAGGAUGAUCAUGAGAUUAGGCGUUUAAAAAAGUGUGGGCAUGUUUUCCAUCGUUUUUGUGUAGAUUCUUGGCUAGAACGCGACCGGAGCUGUCCAAGUUGUCGUCGUUCUGUUGAUUUGAUUUGA